UACACAAAUGGCGUCUGGGGUCUGACGUACGUGGCGUCAUCAUCGGUAGACCCACAAUUCAACUUGGCGCGCGAAAGCUGGCUGAAGUAAACAACAGAAGAGUGCAGAGAUCGUUGACAUAUCUAGACUGAAUAAACAAUGAGCAAAAAGGACAGUUCAGGUGUCGCACAGAUCCUCGCUUACCUUAAUGAGAAAAACAGACCCUAUAGUGCUCAGGAUGUUUUUACCAACCUACAAAAGCAGUGUGGUCUGGGUAAAACGGCUGUGGUCAAAGCAAUGGAUCAGCUUGCCCAGGAGGGAAAGAUUAAAGAGAAAGUCUAUGGAAAGCAGAAGAUCUACUUUGCAGAUCAGUCUCAAUUUGCGGAUGUGAGCGAUGCUGAACUUAAGAAGAUGGACAGUCGUAUCGUGGAGAUCACCGCUGAAGUACAGACCAUCUCUCAGACCUGCAGGCAGCUGGAUACAGAGCUGAAGGAGUUGAACAGCUCAUUAACCACAGCAGAGAUGAAGGCACAGAUCCAGGAGCUGCAGGCAGAGUGUUCUGGGUACAGAGAGCGGCUGGAUAAAAUCAAGUCCUCUACAAACCACGUGACCCCGGAGGAGAGGGAGAAGGUUUACAAGGAGAGAGAGACUUAUGUGAAAGAGUGGAGGAAGAGAAAGAGAAUGGUUUCUGAUAUGGUUGGAGCUAUUUUGGAGGGGUAUCCAAAAAGCAAGAAACAGUUUCUGGAGGAGGCUGGAAUUGAAACAGAUGAGGACCAUAAAGUGACAAUACCCAACAUCUGAUGGAGGCAACUGAUUAAAUCCAGAUGCCGCAGAUAUCGUUGCUGGGACACCAGACUUUUGGAAAGGUUGGAAAGUAACAUAGAGGAUUCUGUGAUACCAAGAGAACUGUUUUGUUAGAAACCAAUCCUAUUUAUAAAAGUUAUGUUGUAAAAGAAAGAACCUACAAGCUGUAAAUAAGUUUGAAUAUUGUUUAUUUUUCAAUUAAAAAGUAUACCGAUACAAAAAUA